GGACUAGAGAAGGACCAUCUGAUUUCUUAUUCCUCCUACUCUGUAAGGUUCCAUUACAUCAUGAAGGUUAAUUCCACUUCUCUGUGGCUUUCCAAUGUAUCUGUACCAUUAUCCUCGGAAACCAAGUCUGAUGUGAGCAGGCUCAUGGACAUGCUUCAGGUCUUUUUCUAUGGAGUUCUUUUUCUACUUGGUUCCCUUGGCAAUGGAGCUGUCAUCUGGAUCACAGUCCGCCAGGCUUCACGGACCAUCAGCUGCAUCUGGUUCUUCAAUCUAGCUCUGACCGACUUCCUGUUCUCAGUCACCCGGAUUGUGCCCCUCAUAAAGAAUGCUUUUGAUAAAGGUUGGCCCUUUGGAAGCUUCCUAUGCAAAGCCAACAGCUUCAUCAAGUACCUCAACAUGUUCUGCAGUGUCUUCCUCUUAGCUGCCAUCAGCAUGGACCGGGCAGCUUGUGUAGCCUACCCAAUAUGGUCCAAAAGGCACCGUGACAGCCGCUUGGCAUGGCUAGCUGCCAGCGGAGCUUGGUUCAUGGCCAUUGCCACAAGCUUCCCUUUCUACUUCUACCGUGGCAUAAAAAUUGAUAAGACUAACAAGACCAAGUGCUCCUUUUCACUGGAGGGAAAUGAAACAGCAAAACUGACCAUCUAUAUGUUGAGACUGAUAUGUGGGUUCUUGGCCCCCUUCACCAUCAUUGUGAUCUGCUACGGCAUCAUCACGGUGGUACUGAGGAGACGACGGACUUCCCUCCGCUCCAAGAAGCCCUUCAAGGUCAUAUUGGCUCUUGUGGUCACGUUCUUCCUCUGCUGGGCACCAUAUCACAUCUUCCUCCUCCUCAAAUUGGCAGGAGUGAAUGGCAUAGCACUUUCUGUUGGCCUCCCCCUCUCUUCCUUCCUGGCCUAUCUCAACAGUUGCGCCAACCCUAUCCUUUACUUUUUCAUGGGCAUGGACUUCCACAGAAAGCUGACUCUUUACAACAUAAGCUCUGCAUUCAGGAGAACCUUGCUUGAAGACAGUGGCACCUCACUUAGAAGACUUAGCAGAUGCAAGAAGGAAACAGUUUCUUCCACUGAUGAGAUAGCUCAGUCUUCAGUAGUCCAUCAGCUGCAUUGCAAAAACUCGGCACUUCGAAGUUUGACUUAGGAAACCCAUGUGGCUUGGGAACUCAUGUGUGACAGGUGAAGAGGCUUUGUAGUCCAGCACAUCAGGAGGACAGCAGUCUGAUGGAGGCUGGAUCUGUCACGCCCAUUACCAGAGCAAUACAAGGCUUCCUUUUCUUCUUUCAUCCCACGUUUUUCGACCACUGAUAUUUUCCGGACAUUUUGAAAAUGCAAAUGCUUGUAUGUGAGAAAGAAGCUUUUUCUUACAUCAUGAACUGUGAAGGAUUGGUUGUUUUGCUCCACGUUCCUCAAAAAUGUUAUUUUCCUUUGCAGUUAAUGUAUACGUAUACACUUCCCGCUAGAUCUGUACAUUUGUUUCUUUGAAAAGCUUGUUCGACCGAUUCUGAUAUUAGCAGCCCUGUCUGAGGUGCCUUCUAACGUAAACAUAAGCCACCAUGUAGCAUUCUAAAAUCAGGGUUAAGGAAGUAUAAAAAUAAGUUGGUUUUGUUUUAAAUAAAGGGAAUGUGUCCUUUUA